AUUAAAAAAAAUAAAUCGACGAAGAAUUGGGACGCGUCUCCCCGCGUAGCCAUUUCAACGACUGAGCCGUAAUACUUAGUUACCCUUUUUUUAAAUACCCGAAUAAACUACACCGAGACUAAAAACUCGGCCGAAAGUGACGCCGAUAAAUCCACCAGCAAACGGCGUCGACGAUGUUUGCGGAAAGCGGGCGGAAGUGCAUCGUAGAAAUCACGGAGGCUAGUUUGAAACACUCCAAUGUUGUGGUGCAGUUUGUUGACUAAGCUUUCAAACACGAACGCUGUCAUAUUUAUGGACUUUAAUUUUCCAAGCGAGUUGUUGCUUAGUACCGAACACAAUGUUGGAGAGUUACGCCUCGGCUUACCUUCUUGUUAGCUUAGCUUUCUGUGCCAAGCGGGCACCCGUAGACGUGACGUCAUCCUGCUCUGUUUAGCUCGCGUUCGGAAGCUAACGUGGCUAAAUCAAUGAGAGACUCCGGUGAUGCCUGCAGGCGAGAGUAACUGGACAAAGACCCAGGAAGGAUGUGACGAGACGCUCGAGAAUCCUUCGAGUAGGAAAAAGUCCAAAAAGAAAAGCAGUGAAAGCAUAGUGCUCCAGACUUUUAAGAAUCUUCGUCUUAAAAAGGACGGCGAGCCCGAUGACGGCAACUCGCCGCCGGCCCAGCACAACACAAACGUCAACAACAGCAGUAACCAAGAAGACAUUCAAGCAUCUAAAGCCAAGAAAAAGAGCAAGAGGGAGCUUCCCAGCCGACCUCUGCCCAGCAAGAAGGGGAAACAGAAAGAUGGUGCGCCUGCCGACCACGAGGCGGAGCGCGCUGGGGGUGAUGACGAGGACGAGCUGCUGCGGCAGUACCAGCAGCAGAUAGCGCCGGAGGAUGAGGUGAAGGCAGAUGACGCCGUGAAUGACGACACGGGGAGGAAGAAAAAGAAGAAGCCGAAGCCUGUGACGACCGAGGCGGAGACGGGAGAUCAGGACCCGGAUGCUGAUGCGGAACAUAAGAAGAAGAAAAAGAAGACAAAAAAGUCAACUGUGGACGAAGAUGAAACCAGGGCAGUCCCUGAUGACGGUCUGGUGCUGGGGGUGUACGUGCACAGAACAGACAGCCUCAAGACGGACCUCCGCAUCUCUCAUCCCAUGGUGAAGGUCCACUUGGUGGACGAGGUCACCGGCCAGUACGUGAAAAAGGAAGACAGCCACCGCCCCGUGUCCUCGUUUUACGAACAGGACCGCGUGGACCACAUCCUGCCUAUCAUGACGCAGCCUUUCGACUUCAAGAAGAACAAGUCGGUCGUUCCCGAGUGGCAGGAGCAAAUCAUCUUCAACGAACCCUUUAGACACUUUGUCCAGAAGGAGCCCAAGGGCCCCAAAGUGGUCCUCUUCUUUGAGAUCCUGGAAUUUCUGAGUAUGGAGGAAGCCAAAGCCAACGUCGACGUUGACGUGAACGAGAGGGGGUUCAGAAAGAUUACGUGGGCGUUCCUUAAGCUUGUGGGAGCCAAUGGCGUGCUGAAUACCGGCAGCAAACUUCGCCUCCAACUCUACUGCCCGCCCACCUGGGCUCGGAGGCAGCCUGGCACGAUUGAGGUGGUCGAGUGGUGGCGACAUUACCCCCGAGUCAAAUACGCGUCCACUCUCUACGUCACGGUGAAAGGCAUCAAUGUACCUCAGCACGUGGACCCCAGCAUCCGCUCCAUGAUGGCCCUGCAGGAGGAGCGAGGCAGCACGACCUACAGCGAGCUGCAGGAAGGCGCCGCCAAGAGGACGUCGACGCCGCACUUGGACGACAAGCCGGAGGUGUUGAAAUGGAGCAGACUUCCCGGACAGGUCUGCCGGAUCCCCAACAAGUCCAUGCUGGCCUUCCGUGGCGGUCGGAUAGGAUGCAUGAGCGUGCUCUUCUCUCACGCCGGGACUUUACUGGCUGCUGCUUGUGCCGACCGAGAUACUUUCCCUGUCGUGGUGUUUGAGAUCCCUUCCGGGAAAGUCUUGACUGCCUUCAGCGGUCAUUUAAAGAUCGUCUACGAGCUCUGCUGGACCUCCGACGAUACACGCCUUUUGUCAACCUCCUCUGAUGGAACCGUCAGGGAGUGGAAUGUGGAGGACCUUCUACCAACUGCCCGGAAAGUUCUCCCACACCCUUCGUUUGUGUACUCGGCCCAGUACCACCCAGCGGCCCAGAAUCUAGCGGUCAGCGGUGGCUACGACGGCGUGCUGCGCCUGUGGCGGCUGGACGUGGAAGACGUCAACGGGCAACUCUUGCAGGAGUUCGAGUCCCACGGCAGUUUUAUCAACACCAUUUGUUUUGACGCAGAAGGGCACAGGAUGUUCUCAGCGGACAACACAGGAAGUAUCAUUGUGUGGAAGACCUCUGUAAGCGAGGAUCAUCAACCUUGGUGUCACUGGUCUGUAGAAAAGAUACAUGCAGAGGAGGACCUGAAGGGAGUGCCCAUCAACAUGCUGCGGGUCCAUCCUAACGGGCGCAGCCUCCUCAUCCAUGCCAAAGACAACGUCCUGCGAACAAUGGAUCUGAGAAUUUGGACAGUAAAAAGGUACACAGGAGCCACCAACCACCGGGAGAGGAUCUCCAGCACUUUCACGCCGUGCGGCAGCUUCAUCUUCUCUGGCAGCGAGGAUGGAAUGGCGUAUGUUUGGAACACCGAAACUGGUGACCAGGUGGCCAUGUACUCUGAGCUUUGUUACAGCUCGGCUCUCUGCGGCGUUUCCUUCCACCCUCACGAAAACAUGGUGGCUUUCUGCGCCUUCGGAGAAAAGCAGCCCGUGCACGUUUACCUCCACGACCGCAAAGUUUCCCAGCUGGACGCCCGCAGCAUGAAGGAGCUCCGCUCGACCUCUGCCGACACCAGAACCACCAGGAACACGCCCGACCCGCUCCCCAGCACGUGCGCGUCCUCCGCCAUGGAUCACUUCAGCCAGAUGACCCGGCUGGCGUUGAAGAUGCAGCGAGUCAAAGACCAAAUGGAUUCCGUGCUUGAGCCUCCACACAGAUCUUCAAGUGGAUACGAGCCAGUGACAGGAAGGAGCUUGUUAUCAUCGGACAUCAGCACGAUAAGAUCCAACGUGUCACUUCCGCCGCUGUCGGGCGGCUUCAGUCCAGUUGGUCAACAUCGAAAGGGGACGCCGUCCUUCAGGCGUCAGGCUGCUGCUCCCCCGAGCUACAACCCCGGACUGGACUCCUCUCAACAAGUGGUGGUCUCGCUGUACGACUACAAAGCCAACCGCUCGGACGAGCUGUCGCUGCGGCGCGGCGACGUCAUCCAGGUGUUGUACAAGGACAACGACAACUGGUGGUUCGGGAGCCUGGCUGACGGGCAGCAGGGAUAUUUCCUCGCCGCUUACGUGGAGGAUCAGAGAGACUCUGCUGAGGCGGUGGGCGGGCACGACGUCACGUCUGAUGGGACUGUGGAGAGGUCCACACCGACCAGGAUGUCUGCUGCAAUUACCGCCGCUGGGGAACUUCGGUUUCUCUCGGAGCCAAAUCUGUCCGACACCGAGCCGGAGGUGACGAAAGCCAAGCUGAAGAAGAAGAGGAAGGUUAAAAAGCUGCCAUCACCUCCGGCGUCGUCCCAGGCCACCUUUUCCGAGCCAGACGAGGACAGCAGGAGACCGCAGCCCGUCCGCCGUCCUCUCCCCAAGAGGCCGAGCAGGCAAGCCCACGGUAUUUUGCCGCCUGACUCCUGAUUGGAGACUUUUUGGUCAUUUCUGUGCGUGAAUACGACAAUCCUUCCAGAUGUUUAUUUAUUUUUCAUAAAAUGUCUGGAUGGAGUUUAUUUAUUCAUAAAGAUAUAUUAUUUUUUUAGCUCUUUUUUUUACAGUAAUUGUACAAGCCCUGUUUCCAUAUGAGUCAGGAAAUUGUGUUAGAUGUAAAUAUAAAUGGAAUACAAUGAUUUGCAAAUUAUUUUCAACCCAUAUGCUACAAAGACAACAUAUUUGAUGUUCAAACUCAUAAACAACUUUAGAAUUUGAUGCCAGCAACACGUGACAAAGAAGUUGACAAAGGUGGCAAUAAAUACUGAUAAAGUUGAGGAAUGCUCAUCAAACACUUAUGUGGAACAUCCCACAGGUAUGCAGGCUAAUUGGGAACAGGUGGGUGCCAUGAUUGGGUAUAAAAACAGCUUCCCAAAUAAAUGCUCAGUCUUUCACAAGAAAGGAUGGGGCGAGGUACACCCCUUUGUCCACAACUGCGUGAGCAAAUAGUCAAACAGUUUAAGAACAACGUUUCUCAAAGUGCAAUUGCAAGAAAUUUAGGGAUUUCAACAUCUACGCUCCAUAAUAUCAUCAAAAGGUUCAGAGAAUCUGGAGAAAUCACUCCACGUAAGCGGCAUGGCCGGAAACCAACAUUGAAUGACCAUGACCUACGAUCCCUCAGACAGCACUGUAUCAAAAACCGACAUCAAUCUCGAAAGGAUAUCACCACAUGGGCUCAGGAACACUUCAGAAAACCACUGUCUCUAAAUACAGUUGGUUGCUACAUCUGUAAGUGCAAGUUAAAGCUCUACUAUGCAAAGCCAAAGCCAUUUAUCAACAACAUCCAGAAACGCCGCCGGCUCCUCUCGGCCCGAGAUCAUCUAAGAUGGACUGAUGCAAAGUGGAAAAGUGUUCUGUGGUCUGACGAGUCCACAUUUCGAAUUGUUUUUGGAAAUAUUCGACAUCGGGGAAGCGAACCAUCCAGACUGUUAUCGACGCAAAGUUCAAAAGCCAGCAUCUGUGAUGGUAUGGGGGUGCAUUAGUGCCCAAGGCAUGGGUAACUUACACAUCUGUGAAGGCACCGUUAAUGCUGAAAGGUAAAUACAGGUUUUGGAACAACAUAUGCUGCCAUCUAAGCGCCGUCUUUUUCAUGGACGCCCCUGCUUAUUUCAGCAAGACAAUGCCAAGCCACAUUCAGCACGUGUUACAACAGCGUGGCUUCGUAAAAAAAGAGUGCGGGUACUUUCCUGACCUACCUGCAGUCCAGACCUGUCUCCCAUCAAAAAUGUGUGGCGCAUUAUGAAGCGUAAAAUACGACAGCGGAGACCCCAGACUGUUGAACGGUUCAAGGUCUACACAAAACAAGAAUGGGAAAGAAUUCCACUUUUAAAGCUUCAACAAUUAGUUUCCUCAGUUCCCAAACGUUUAUUGAGGGUUGUUAAAAGAAAAGGUGAUGUAACACAGUGGUGAACAUGCCCUUUCCCAACUACUUUGGCACGUGUUGCAGCCAUGAAAUUCUUAGUUAACUAUUAUUUGCAAAAAAAAAAAAUGUAUGAGUUUGAACAUCAAAUAUGUUGUCUUUGUAGUGCAUUCAACUGAAUAUGGGUUGAAAAGGAUUUGCAAAUCAUUGUAUUCCAUUUAUAUUUACAUCUGGUCAAAGAGUUUGUUACAAUAAAGUGACUUCUACAUGCUGUAAAGGACAACACAGAUGUCAUGUACAUAUUUACAAGAUUUAUUCAAAUCAGUGCUUUUUAAUACAGUUUGACUUGUCCCCUUUUAACAUGAGCGUGUGAACCAUGGAUGUGGUGUUGGGGCGAGGUCUCCUUUGACUUUGUCACAGAGGAGCAUUCAGGAGAGGACGUGAUUCAUUCUGUCCCGUCUCGCCCGAAAACCUUGAAAAGAAGCAGAAAUACAAA